AUCUAAUACAUAUAAGUAAUAUGUAAUCAAAGAAAUGACAUAUUCUAACUGUUCAUUUUUUGACAAAAAAACCCAACUAUAGAUGAACAAGAAUCUCUACAAUAUUCACAUCCUUGGGGUGGGUUUUAUGUUCGUAUUCUCUGCGUUCAUAACUGCCUCCUUCAUUGAAUCUAUUGUCUUUAAAGACUUCGACAAGAAUGGGAUCGGAGGCAAAACAGGGUUUUACAGCUUGGCUAUUAUCUACGUCUGUCUUGGUCUAGCUAACUGGUUUUCUCCUGCAAUCGUCAACAAACUCGGUUGUAAGAUGUCUCUGUUCCUGUCUGCUGUACCAUACACCGGGUUUAUAUUCUCCAUGAUAAACCCCUACCUUUGGUCUGUCUACACGUUUUCUGCCCUACUGGGUGCUGGAGGGGGUGUCAUCUGGACUGCUAAUGGAGAGGUGAUAGCAAAGAACUCACCAGGUGACACCAAGGCUAAAAACACCGGAAUUUUCUGGUCUUGGUUCAACUCAAGCAUGUUGUUGGGAAACAUCUUUCUCUACUUUUACCUAGGAAACUCUGAGAAGAUAAGUGAUGCUCAACGUCACGUGAUAUACCUGGUGCUAGGAGUGUUCUGUGCUAUUGGAAUGUGUUGUUUCCUCUUGUUAGCUCCCUCUGGAACUGAGUCAGAAGUCGAAGAGGAGGCAGAAGACGAGUUGGUCGUAGAGUCACAAUCCAUCCUUCGUCCGAUAAUUGAUGCUGUCAAAUUCUGCAAAACAUGGCAAAUGGGAUUCCUGUACGGACCCAUCAUUUUCACAGGAGUGUCUCUUAAUUUCUGGAGUUCGGUGUUUAUCACAGUUAUUGGCAAUGUGUUUCCCAAUCGUAGUUACCUUGCACUGGGUGGAAUCUGCACUGGAAUCGGGGAAAUCAGCGCUGGGUUUAUCUGGGGGAGAUUGACGAGUAAGAUAGGGAGACACGGAGUCAUAAUGUGCAGUACUGUUAUCAACUGUUGUCUGUACUAUCUCGCCUUUAUCAGCUUCCCAUUCGAUGCAGCUACUACCACAGCUUCAGUAGCAGAGGAAAACCCGAUAAUCCCUAGCAACAUUUACCUGACCCUUGCUAUGGGAGUUAUGUUGGGCCUAGGAGAUGGAGGAUUCAAUGUCUCUAUCUACACUGCUCUAGGUACAAUAUUUGAGGAGAAACCAGCGCCCGCUUUUGCAGUCUUCAAGUUCGUACAAAGCAUGAUAGGAGCAGCCGCGUUCCUGUAUUGUGGUCACCUACUGCUACCCUUCCAACUAGGGAUCCUAGCAGUGACCUGUCUUGUGGGUUGUGUGUGCUUCAUCAUUCUGGAGAGGUAUCCGUCUCAAGUACUCCUGGUUAACGCUGAGGAUGACCAGGAUUAGUAGAACCAAGGGAAAAGUAAACGGGAAGUUUGGACGUUUUUAAGUUGAUCUUGGAUCACUGUGAACUGUGCUUGCCAGUUAUGAUUUCGACAGGUCAAAGAAUUUGUGUUAUGCAGUCCUACAAAUUAUUCAUGAUCUGAGAUUCGUUGAAUAGUAGUUAUGUUAAUUUUGUGCUUUUAUUUUUCAGCUUUUAUGUAAAAUAUUUUUUGGACUUCUGUUUUAAGGUUAUAUAGUAUUGUAAAUUGGUAUGUUAUGUGCUCAAAUUAAAGUCUGAUACAGUUGAACUGUUUUUAUGGAAUUGUGUUAACUAAUUAUUGAAGUUUUGAUUUAAGACAGAACUGUUUAAUUAAGCAUGUAAUAGUUUUGGGGCAUGCUGAAAAGACUUUUUAUUAGUUUGCCCUACAUUAACAAAAAGAGGUCCGAUAUGUUUUUUUGUUUGGUGAGGUGUUUUUACUGCUGACUUCUUAAUAUGUAGAUUUUACAAUUUUUGUGUAAUGAUAAAUAAUUUAUUUUGUUAGAUAAUUAAAAUAAUACUGUAUUUUCUUGUCAUUUUAU